AUGAAUGAAAUUGAAAAUGGCGCGGGUUUUGUCACAUCCUGUUAUGUGUUGGUGAGUGCAUGGCCUCGACGCCAUGGAUUUGAUGAAAACGAAUUUGUGUGCACGUGGGAGGAAUAUGAGUUCCUAGACUUGUCAGAUGUGAAAGAAGCGGAACUGAGCAGUUUGCAGUGCGCGCUCUUCGAAAAAAAUCCAGAUACUACGUCCACCGUUACCACCGGUUGGACCAAUCCUGCUGUAGAUAUUUCAUCUUGUUCGUCAAGCACGGCGGGGCCACCGACCGUGUCGAGCAGCCUGGACAGUCUGUCGGGCGGCGAGUGCGAGAUGGCGCCCCACUCGCCGCAGCGGAGCGCCGGCGCUCCGCCUCAUGCGCCACCGCCCUACGUCCAACCCCCUACCUAUCCACCACCCCCUCAUCAAUGGCCAGUCGCACCACCUAACGUAUAUGUAAGCCAAGUCACGGCAAACGUUAACGUUCAUGGAUAUAUGGGUCAAUAUUAUCAACCACCUCAAGCACAGUAUGUUCCGCCACCACCUCAACAAGUAGAACGCAAUUCAAGAAACCACAGAAGAGAUAGACGCAGCAAACGACCCCCAUCACCUCCCCAGCCACAAGCAAAUCCGUAUUAUGUUCCAUAUUCUCAAUAUUACCCUGCCGCACAAGCACAAGGCGCGCCAUUGUACCAUCUCCCAAUGUACCAGCCCCUAGUGUAUGGACCAUAUGCAUAUCCCCCAUACUAUCCAGAAUACCCUAUACCAGUAGAGGCUGAUGCUGAUAAAGGACCAGAUGAAUAUCAACAAGAAGUUGUUAUGGAGCAAGAAGCAGUUGAUGCGUAUUAUGCAACAGCGCAUUACGCGCCGCCGUAUGGGCCCCCGGUAGAGGGCGCUGUGGAGUACAUGCCCCCAAUGUAUAUCCCACCACCUCACCAUCCGGCACCGAUGCCAAUCCCACAACAGCCCCCGCAUCAGUCGACACCUCAUCAGUUUAAUGUUCACGCCAAGAACUUUGUCGCAGGUCAAAAUCAUACCAAAUCUUACACACCUGAUAAAACUCAGGAACAGAAGCCUCCUGUAACAGCGACGACAUCUACAACAGUGAAUGCAGUUGAAGCACUGCCUGUAAAAGAUCUCAAAAUCAGCAAAGGACCAGGUAGUCCAAAACAAGAGGGAAUAGAUACUUCUGUGAAACCUGCUCCAGUCCCUGAAAAGACUUCACCGACCCUAAAAACAGAUCCUACUAAACCUGCUUGGACUCCAGAUAGUAAGACACCAGAAAGUAACCAAUCUCAAAAUGGAACAAAGACUUUUACUCCUGCCGUAGCACCAACGGUUCAAGCAGCUAGUGCUAAAGUGCCACCUGUAAUUGGAAAAACACCUAAAGGCCCUACUGCACCCUUUUCCACUGGAAAGCAACCACCUAAACCCCCUGUACCUACUGCCGUACCAGUUCAGCAAUCUGCUUCUACACCGAAAGCGCCGUUUGGUAAUCGACAAAAACGUGAAGGUAAUUCCAAUCGAUCUCCUUCAACCGACAUUGCCGAUACAGAAAAACCUGUACAAGUAGAGCAUGUCAAGCGCGAACCACCAUUGCCGCCAAGCAAAGCUCCUAUGCCUAUUUCUAUAACCUUGCACGCUCAAGGACCUCCAGUGAUAGUGACGAACAAAUCACCUUUUGGACACUCUAGAAAAGCAACGGUGGUUCCUGAACCUCCUCCAGCUCCUCAACCGCCACCACCGGCUCCAACAGCAUCAGAUUUUCCACCACCUCCCACUCCCAGAAUAAGGGGAGAACCAGUACCCGCCCCCGUUGUGCAACCACAGCCGCAACCGGCCCCAGGGAAGUCUUGGGCGAGUCUCUUCUCCAAUAAACCAAGUAGUAUGACAACUACGUCCCCUACAGUCCAGCCAGUCGAAGAACCGUCCAGUCCAACAACCCCCGCUCCGCCAGCAGCAACUAAUAUACAGAAACCAGUGGCAAAGGUUCCACCAUUUGAUGCUUCACCCUUACAAACUGUGGUGGAUAAAUCUUCAGCACCAAGAUCGCUGACAUCUUCUGCUCCAACAAUAUCUUAUUCCGAGAAGACCUCAGUGAAUGCUGUAAGCAAUGUCAGCACCCCAACUUUGCCUGCUAAGCCUGUAACAACACCCGCUUCCGAAGUACGUGAAGUGCCAAUACAGAAAGAGAACUCUCCAUCCGUACCAGUACAACCAUCACCAUUCAGUGAUGACCCUAAUUCUUACAGGAUGGGAGAAUUCCUGACUAAAUAUCAACUAGACCAUCGUCCAGUUUCACUCUUGCCUCGUGGUCUUACAAAUCGCUCAAACUACUGCUACGUGAAUGCGAUUUUACAGGCAUUGAUAGCUUGCCCUCCCUUCUACAACAUGCUGAAGGCCCUGCCGUACCAAACGCGACGUGGGAAGUCCAGUACACCCGUUAUUGACUCUAUGGUGGAAUUGUGCUACGAGUUCAGCCCUCUAGCCAGUGCAGCCAGGCGUGGGCGUAACGAAGCCGGGGCCUCCGGGCCAGCCCCAACUGUACCCGCGGGUCCUCCCCUGGACGGAUCUGCAGGCCUACGCGUGUUGAGAGCGCUCCGUCCCUUCCCUGGCAGCCAAGAGGGCAAGCAAGAGGAUGCUGAGGAGUUCCUCGGAUGCUUGCUUAAUUCAUUGAACGAUGAAAUGCUUGAGUUGAUAAAACUAGUGGAGCCUGAAGAACCAAAAGAUACAAAUGGGAAACCAAAUGGUAUUGUUCCACAAGAACAGCCUGUAGAAGAGGAUGAUGACGAUGAUGAAUGGAAGGUGAUGGGUCCCCGUAACCGUGGAGCGGUGGAACGUCGCUGGGCCGCUCGACGCACGCCCGUGGCGGACAUAUUCCGCGGCCGCACCCGCCUGCGGCUGCAUCGGGCCCCGCACCAUGACGUCACGGAUGCCGUGCAGCCGUUCUUUACACUGCAACUUGAUAUUGAACGUUCAACAACUGUCAAGGAUGCACUAGAACUUUUAGCUGGCAAAGACACUCUGGAAGGAGUCUCAGAUGCCUGGCAACAGCUGUCUUUGGAACAGUUACCUGUUGUGCUAUUAUUACAUCUGAAGUGCUUCCAGUUGGACUCUGAGGGUCACACUGCCAAGAUUGUUAAGAAUAUUGACUUCCCAAUUGACCUUAAAAUUGAUCCAAAGAUAAUGUCAUCGAAGCACUCAGGAAAGCAACGUCUCUACAAGCUAUUUGCUGUAGUCUAUCAUGAAGGCGUUGAGGCUGUUAAGGGGCAUUACCUUACUGACACUUUCCAUGGCCAAGCUGGUUGGAUCAGGUAUGACGAUUCAACAGUAACUCAAGUAACUGAUGCCCAAGUGUUGAAAGCUAAGCCUCCGAGAAUGCCAUAUUUGCUUAUGUAUCGUAGGCACGAUACGUUACUCCCUCAUCGUACUCCCGGAAAGCCAGAG